AAAAAAAAAAAAGUAAAAAAAAAAAUAUUUAUUUCUCUCUCUCUCUCUAAAAAAAUUCUCUCACUCCCUCUCUCUCUCUCUCUCUCUCUCUCUGAACUUCUUUAAGUAACCAAAAAGAGGGUGAGAGAGGGAUGCAAAUGAUCUCUAAAGCAUCUUGUGCUAUGGCCUCCCUUCCUUGCUCAAGGGCGAGGAGUGGGCUUUGUGUAUGGCCAGGUGCAAGACAGCUUUGCCUUAGAAAAGGCCUCUUGUAUGGAUUCAUGCACUUACUGUAUUUGCCAUUUAAGACCUUGCGUGGAGCUAGUAGAACACUUAGAGUUGCUGAAUUUUGCAGUGUUUCCAAUAUGUCUUCCUCAUUACAAAUUGAAUUGGUGCCAUGUCUUGGGGAUAACUAUGCAUAUCUUUUACAUGAUGUGGAUACCGGCACAGUUGGAGUUGUUGAUCCCACUGAAGCUGUACCAAUUAUAGAUGCUCUAAGUAGGAAAAACCGAAAUUUGACCUAUAUACUGAAUACUCAUCAUCAUCAUGAUCACACUGGUGGGAAUGAAGAGUUGAAAGCAAGGUACGGUGCAAAGGUAAUUGGUCCAGGAAUUGACAGAGACAGAAUUCCUGGCAUUGAUAUAGUUCUGAAUGAUGGGGAUAAAUGGAUGUUUGCAGGGCAUGAGGUGGUUGUAAUGGAAACUCCUGGCCAUACUCGAGGCCACAUUAGUUUCUACUUUCCUGGAUCAGGGGCGAUUUUCACAGGAGACACUUUGUUUAGCUUAUCAUGUGGCAAGCUUUUGGAAGGAACACCUGAGCAGAUGCAUUCUUCCCUGAGAAAAAUCACGUCUUUGCCAGAUGAUACAAAUAUAUAUUGCGGCCAUGAAUAUACAUUGCGUAAUUCAAAGUUUGCAUUGUCUAUAGAACCCAAUAAUAAGGCACUCCAUUCCUAUGCAGCCCAUGUGGCCCAUCUUCGCAGCAAGAAUUUGCCAACAAUUCCAACUGUGCUGAAGGUUGAGAAGGCUUGCAAUCCAUUCCUUCGCACUUCAAGUACAGAAAUCCGGCAGUCAUUAAAGAUUCCAGCGACGGCAAAUGAUGCAGAAGCCUUAGACAUCAUUUGUCAAGCAAAGGAUAGUUUUUAAGAUAUUUAUGGGGUGCGUCUGUCUAUAGGAUAAGUAACCCGCACUUGUAGUAAACUUAUCUUCUGUUCAUAUAUUUUUGGAUACUUGAAGUUUCUGUCCAUAUAUUUUUGCAUAUUUGAAUUUGUUUUAGAUUUCUAUUGGAAUGUUGGUUCUUCAAGUCCAUUUGAUGAUGACGAAAGUUUUAGUAUCAUAUGUCUUUGAAAUCAGAAUCCUUUUUACUUGCUAUCCAAAAAUAUUCUUUCAAUA